AGAAGGAGAUGAUAAUGGCUUCUGCAAGUGUGGCCGUGGCUAGCAACAGAUUGAAAAUUUCUUCAACAGAUUGUGUAUACUCCAUGGCAGAGAGACAAGCUCCAAAGUCUUGUCUCAUACUCAGAGUUCAAGCAUUCAGCAUUUCUGAAACCUUCUCCUCUCUGAGAAGACAGAAACGGGUUGCAUUUAUUCCCUACAUUACUGCUGGAGAUCCUGAUCUUUCAACAACAGCAAAGGCUUUGAAGAUGCUGAGCUGCUGUGGGGCUGAUAUAAUUGAGUUGGGGUUGCCAUGCAAUGCCCCUGUGUUGGAUGGACCUGUCAUUCAGGCAUCCCACAAGAGAGCCCUGGCUAGCAAGACAAAUCUAAAGGCAGUCAUCUCCAUGCUGAAGGAGGUCGUCCCACAGAUCUCUUGCCCAGUUGUGAUGUUCUCCUAUUAUAAUCUGAUUUCAAGCUCCAGAAGCCAGUGGUUCCUGUCUGCACUAGAAGAUGCUGGUGCACAAGGGCUUAUUGUGCCAGACCUUCCCUUUGAAGAUGGUGCAACUUUAAGGAGAGAAGCUGCUGAGAAAAAUAUCGAUAUGGUUCUGCUAACUACACCUGCCACUCCAAAGAAGAAAAUGAAGGCUAUUGUUGAUGCUUCUGAAGGAUUUGUGUACCUUGUAAGCUCUGUUGGGGUUACUGGCGCCCGCGAUAUUGUGAACAGUAAGGUACAGUUUCUCCUCAAGGAAGUUAAAGAGACAUCUCGGAAACCUGUUGCAGUGGGGUUUGGAGUAUCAAAACCACAGCACGUCAAGCAGAUUUCAUCAUGGGGAGCUGAUGGCGUGAUUGUCGGUAGCGCCAUCGUCAAACUGUUAGGCGAAGCAAACUCCGGAGAAGAAGGAUUGAGGCAUGUGAAGUACUUUGUGGCAUGCUUAACUGCUGCACUUCCUUUAGGGAAGAAUGAAAACUAAAGAUACUUGAUGGUAUUUGACAAGUAUUUUUAAGGUAUAUGUAAAUAUUGAAUUUGGGA